GAUGGAGGACUGGCGCGACCUCCUCGUCGUCCUCAUGUUCUGGUUUCCCCCCCUCCUGAUUCUGAUCCUCUUCCUCCAAGUCUUCUACCUGUACGUCUGGAACGAGCCCAUCCCCGCGGGCCCGCGCGUUCGCGACGACGACGCGCCGCGGCGAACGCUGAUCGUGCUCGGCAGCGGCGGGCACACCGCGGAGAUGUUCGCCGCGCUCGCCGCGUUCCCUCCGCGCGAAUACCACCCCAGGACGUACGUCCUCGGCGACACGGACGUCACGAGCGCCGCCAAGGUGGACGCGCACGAGGCGAGCGUCGGCGACGCGCUCGCGGCGGAGGAGGGCGUGACGGACGACGAUCUCGCGCGGUGGACGGAUCACUCGACGCGCGUCGUCCCGAGAGCGCGCGAGGUGUCGCAGUCGUUCGUCACGUCCGCGUUCACGACGCUCCGAGCGCUGUGGGUCGCGCUUCGCGUCGUGCGGCAGGAGUGGCCGGAGCUGAUCCUGUGCAACGGGCCGGGGACGUGCCUGCCCGUGUGCGUCGCCGCGUGGGCGCUGAACGUUGGGCACUUUACGCUGGGAGGGCGCCGCGAUCAGCGAAUCGCCGUCGCGUACGUUGAAUCCAUCGCGCGCGCGAAGACGAUGAGCCUCACGGGGAAGAUUCUGUACCACUCGCGGAUCGCGGACCGCGUGUUCGUGCAGUGGGAGGGGUUGCGGGCGCGGUAUCCGAGGGCGACGUACGCGGGACGGGUCAUGUGAGCGCGCCGACCGUCCCGUCGUCUCGCGCGCGCGGCGCGUGAUUAAAGUAAGGUCAUUAAUAACAAUCGAUAACGUGCGUA